AUGUGGAGAUCAAUGCUAUGUUGUCAUCGAGCUACAAUACGAGUUGUGCCAACGAUUGCGAGGGUGCCAGUAAGAUGCUACGCCAAGAAGCUGAAAAAGGUUCCGCAAUUGAAACCAGUACCGUUUGUCAUACCCAACUACAUAUCAGUCAGUAAACUGGCCAAUUUACUCAACUGCAGGAUGGAAGCACUUUUACAAGAUCUGAAGAAGCUUGGGUUUUCCAACCUUUCGCAAGGCUACAUUCUUUCGCGAGAGUAUGUCGAGCUGAUCUUGCAGGAAUACAACUAUCGAUUACCGGACUCAUCAAAGGAGGUAACACCCGAGAACAUUUAUGAUGCGUUGAAGACGCCGGCCAAUCCUAGGUUUUUGCAGAAGAGACCACCGGUGGUCACCAUUAUGGGACAUGUCGAUCAUGGGAAGACAACCAUCAUAGAUUAUCUGAGAAAAUCAUCGGUUGUAGCUCAAGAGCAUGGUGGAAUUACACAGCAUAUUGGGUCAUUUCAGGUGAUCACGCCAGUUUCGAAGAAGAAGAUCACUUUCUUGGAUACCCCGGGCCAUCCAGUUUUCUUAAAGAUGAGACAGAGAGGUGCGAAUAUCACCGAUAUCAUAGUUUUAGUGGUUUCAAUUGAGGAUUCUAUCAUGCCUCAGACCGUCGAGGCUAUCAAACAUGCAAAAAACUCUGGCAAUGAAUUGAUAGUGGCGAUAACCAAGAUCGAUAGAAUAUCGCAGCCGAAACAGCGUGAAAGGGCGAUUGAGAAGGUGACUAAUGACCUGAUAGCGAAUGGCAUAACGGUGGAAAAGGUUGGCGGCGAUGUCCAGGUUAUACCGAUCAGUGCUAAAACUGGCGAGAACAUGGAUCUGCUGGAGGAAGCAAUCAUAUUGCUUGCCGAUGUCAUGGACAUAAAGGCGGAGAAUUCCUUGAAGACCAUGGCAGAGGGUUGGAUCCUGGAGAGCCGAGUCAGUAAAUCUGUUGGUAAUGUCGCUACGGUCUUAGUUAAGAAGGGAGUCUUGCAGAAGGGUAAGAUACUCGUUUGUGGAAAUACCUACGGUAAGAUCAAGAAUAUUCGAAACGAAGGGGGCGAACAGCUCUCAAAGGCGUUCCCUUCGGACGCAGUUGAAGUCCUGGGUUGGAAGCAGCUACCGGUAGCCGGAGAUCAGGUUAUAGAAGCCAAGAAUGAAGCGACAGCCAAGAAAUUCGUUUCUAAGAGAUUGUCGUUACUUGAGAUUGAAAAGGAGGGUUUGACUGUCGAAAAGUUGAAUGAGCAAAGAGCGAUCGAGGCCUCAAAGAAAGCCCAAGAAUCAAACGCCGCAAACGAAGACCUGGAGGAAGAAAAAGAGCCUUCUGGGCCCAAGGAUAUAUGUUUCAUAGUCAAAGCCGAUGUUUCAGGCUCCGCCGAAGCUAUUGUGGAAAGUAUUGCACAUCUGGGCAACGAUGAGGUUAAAUGUAAGAUAAUAUCCUCCUCGGUUGGGAUCCCGAAUGAGAACGAUCUAAAAUUGGCCCAAAUUACCAACUCCACUAUCCUUUGCUUCAAUCUGAGUAGUUUGCCGAACGAAGUGAUCAACAAUAAGCUGGGGGUCGACAUUAAACAAUACAACGUCGUCUAUAAGCUUAUUGAGGGCGUAACUGAAAUUUUAACGGAUAACCUUACCCCAAUCUUUGAGAAGAAACAAAUAGCUACGGUGGAUAUUCGAGAGAUCUUUGAGUUUCAACUGAAAAAGAAAACGAUCAAAAUUGCCGGCUGCAGAGUCACUAAUGGAAAGCUCAAUAGGAAUUCCGUUGUUCAAAUACAGCGUGGACCUACGAAGGAAAUUAUUUAUGACGGACCAUUGUCCAGCUUGAAGCAGGGAAAGGAGGAUGUAAUGGAGAUAACUAAAGCUAACGAAUGCGGUAUAACUUUUGAUAGAAACUUCGAGGGCUAUCAGAUCGGAGAUAAGAUAAUGGUUUAUGAAGAAGUGAAGGUCCCAAGAUACUUGUAG